UCAGUUCCGUUUCGUCCAGCGGCCGCAGCUCCGUUUCCUUCUGUCUUCUCUCUGCCGCAUCUGACACCAGGAAGGAGAAUACGAAGAGACAAUUGAAUGGCAGACAAGCCGAGCCGCGCCCUAGUGCUAUUUGGAGACGGGUUGGCCCGUUUUAUUGAUUCGUCGCACGUUCAUCUUCAUUCUCUCGCAUCCGCAGGUUUCUGUGGCUUUUUGAGCCUUCCCAACUCUCCUCCCUCAGAAAGCGAGGAUGAGAGGAUUGUUAGGGAGUUUGCUGUGCUGAUGGAUGCAUAUGAGACGUAUUUAGAUAUGAGUGAGCAAAACACUGAUGGGGAUAGUCAAAGGAAUUUAGUGAAGCAGUCCAUACCUGAUAGGUUCAUGGGAAUGAAAGCUGCCGUGCUGACUAACAAUUCAAGUUUGAAAUCUUUUAGUGCCACACUUGGCUUCCAUGUACUCCAAUUAGAUGAGUUACUAAGAGCUCAUAAUGCUGAUUUGCAAGUUAAUGUAGAAGCCCGUGAGCUACUCAAGUUGCUGGGCUUUCAAGAAGGAAAGGUGGUAGACAAUAAUCAGUUUGAUGUUGUUUUCUUUCAUAUUGGAGCUGGCGAGAAGGUGAAAAGUAAUGAAUCAAAAGUGAUUGCGGCUGAUGUGGAGUAUGCCGAUGCCUUAGUUGCUGGGAUUAUGUGCCAAGCGCAACCUGGAUCUGACAUCAGCUCCCGUCUUCACUUGUCCGUUGUCAUGAGCUUUGGGAAUGUGUUGGAGGAUGACCAUUCCAAAUUUUCAGUUUCAAAAAGUUUUAAUGAGAAGAACUCAUAUCUUUCAACACUCUUUCCUUCUCAGAGUUACGCCAUGAAAGGAGAAACCCCCCGGAAGGAUGUUAGGCAUCAUUCUCCCAUGUUGAUCGCUCAAUGGCAGCAUGGUGUGACUCGCAAGGAUAAUGCAGGUAGAUUUUCAUUCGAGGACUUUAAAGAGCGUGGUGGCAAUCUCACCAUACCAGCAGAUAGGUUCUUGCAUGAGGUAGCCUUUAAGCUUUGGAAAGCUCCUAAGUAUGGAGCAUGAGCAUGAUUUUCAUUUGCAUUUUGUUCAUGUUGCUGAGCUCAGUCUGCAAAGCUUCCCAUUGAAUAUGUCCCACACAUUUGACUUAUUUAGUCCAUACUCUACUUUUAUUAACCAUGUAAUAAAGUUUAUCAUGUUUAAGUGAUACAUUUUCCCUCUAAAAACAGUAAGAAUCUGAUAGAGGUUGAAAUUUUGAUAUGUAAUAUUCUAAAAGAUUAAGAUUAAGAUGUAGCAUGUCGUCCGAUGUUAAGCCCGGAGAAGACGAGGGUGAGAAAUCAAACAAGCUAGUUUUGUGGCCA